UGACCCUCUCAAGAAACUUGGAAAUUUAACUCCGUACCGUGUAGCCCCUGCUCGCGACGUCGAGGCAGAGUUACCUGGUGAUUGUAGUGUCGAUCGAGUGAUGCUGAUGCACAGACAUGGCUCUCGUGGGCCUGCUGGCAAGGAAGAAACGCGCUUGAUCGACUCCCUUGUCGACACGCUGAAGAAGCAUCACGAGGCUAUACGGGAUGCUGAUCUGCCGGAGAACCUCCAUUUCCUCCAGACUGAGAAGGGAUACGAAUCGCAUCUAGAUCCAGAAAGCCUGUCCAUCAUUGGGCGUCAGCAGCUCUUCAACCAUGGCGUGGAAUUCGGGUUGAAGUAUCCGGACUUCACCACGGAAAGACUACUAUCCAGCACUGUACAAAGAGUGAUUGACUCCAUGUACUUUUUUGCUCAGGGACGUUUUGGUCGCGAAGCCGAGGACAAGGAGCUACUUACAGUUGAUGACAUGCCCGGUCCAGUGUCUUGGAUCACUCCUUGGAAUUCGUGUUCUUACGAUUAUCAACCCGCAUUUGAGUUGGUAAAGGAGUGGACCGACUCGUACCUCCCUGAUAUCACUGAGCGCUUGAAUGGCCUCCUUCCUCAUGGCGUUAAGUUGACUGAUGAUAACACGCACGGAGCUUUGUAUGCAUGCGCAUAUGACCUAGCCGCGAGGGAUGAGUCACCGUGGUGCAAUGUUUUCGAUGCGGAAGAACUUGCAAAUUUCGAGUACGAAAUGGAUCUCUUUAUGGUCGCAACUAUCGGAUACCAGGCACCCAAUGAUGCUGGACGUGUCAUGGGAAGUGUCUUUGUCAACACACUCAUCAACAGAUUCUCCGACACUGGCGAGGAAGACCAGUCUCUCUAUCUCGAAUUCGGACAUGAUGCUACCAUAAUAACUGCGCUGGCUGCGUUAGACCUCAAUAGAGAUGAUCCCCCACUGUCCUCACAUGGAGUACCCCAGCACCGAAAAUUCCGAACAUCGUAUCAAACUCCCUUUGCUGCCAAAAUGAUCUGGGAACGUUUCACUUGCACAGAGUCAUUCCACAAACCACAAAUUCGACUCGUACUCAACGACGAGACAUAUCCAUUGCAAAAUUGCGCGAAAACCGAGCAAGAUCGCCUAUAUGGGACUUGCUCACUGGAAGCAUUCAUAAGUGCCAAUAAAUUCAGUACCGACAUCAAGUUCGGUGAUGAAACGUGGCAAGCGGCCUGCAGUGCCCACUCAGAAGGUUUGUACGUCCAAGGAUAGUCGCUCGAGGCAUAAACAUGUACCGCGGUCCUUGAAUCACUAUCAGUCCUUGGAACAUUAGUUCCAGUACAAUACCGUUGAAUAUACAGUGUAUACUACCUGCUCUAUGUAACAAUGUCA